AUGCUCGCUCCAGCUGGUGAUGCCUCCUGGACUGACACGUUCUACUCUUUGAAUCGUGGGAAUGUCGACACCGAGCUCCAACGUCUGGAUGCCAAUCAUUUCAACGUAUGGUUGCCUCUCACAGGUCAGGUAGCACCGACGCAUAUACUCGAUCAGCUCAACCAAGCUUCGUCACCAAGAGUAGCGGACGUAGCCACCGGCAAUGGGGUUUGGUUGCGCUCUGUUGCCCAGCAUCUGCGAUCCGAUGCAGAGCUCUUCGGCUUCGAUUUCGACGCAGUCAAGUUUCCUGACUCCACUGCAUCAUCUAACAUCAAAUUCGAACAGCAAGACGUGCUUCAGGAGUUUCCUAUGGAGCUACAGGGAACAUUCGACCUUGUCCAUGUCCGCCUGCUCCUAAUUGCAAUGAAGGCUAGCGACUUCGAAGCUGCCACGAAGGACUUAUUCCAGCUACUCAAACCUGGCGGAUGGCUUGUUUGGGACGAGGUCUCUGCGUUGUCUUUCCGAUCAGUUCCGCCCAGCAAGGCUUUUGAGGAGUUUACAAGGAUCGAGAUCUUGCAGUCCAUCAAGAAUGGACAAGACCCAAGGGGACCCGCGCGACUACCUGAGAUCUUCCAGAAGGUUGGCUUCCAGGACUGCGAAACGAAGAUUUGGUCUAGUUGGGCAGCCAGCCGAUGA